AGGCAGCAGAGCCGGCGCCCCAGCGGCCCCCGGAACACCUCAAAGCGGACGAAGGAGUCCAUGUUGGGGAACUUGGCGGCGGCGUGACGGGGACCUAGGGACCUGCAGUGGGGCCGUCGCCGCCGGAGCCAGCGCCUCGACCUCAGUCUGAGAAAAGUUUGAUGGAAAACCGAUUACCUGACUGCUCCACCUGAAGAAUCUUAAGGAUGAGGAAACAGGCUUAAAGAAGUCACACUACUAGAAACCCUUUUUCAAGGAGAAAUGAAGAAAACUCUAUAUACUCUAAAUGUGGGAGAUCAGGACUAUGAAGAUAUGGAAGGUGAAGAAAACAAAGAUAAUACUGCUACCACUGGUCUGUUGUACAGUGAAGCUGAUAGAUGUCCAAUAUGUCUCAGUUGCCUGUUAGAGAAGGAAAUUGGUUUUCCAGAAAGCUGUAAUCAUGUCUUCUGCUUGACCUGUAUUCUUAAAUGGGCAGAGACACUGGCUUCAUGUCCUAUUGACCGGAAACCUUUUCAGGCGGUGUUUAAAUUCAGUGCAUUGGAAGGUUGUGUUAAGGUUCACAUAAAAAGACAGUUGAGAGAAACAAAUGACAAGAAAAAUGAAAGCUCUUUUAAGAAACAGCUGUCCUGUCAGGAAAAUUCUAAAAGCUGUAUGAGAAAAAAAGUCAAAAGAGAAGAUCUAUUAAGUGCAAAACUUUAUGACUUGAAGAUGAUAUACAGAAACUCUAAAUACAGUGAAACGGGAGGAAAAGAAAAUGCAAUAAUUAAGACAAAUAAGCCUCAAAGAUCAAAUCCGUGUACAAAUCAUUGCUUCAGAAAUUUUUUCUCCAAUAUCUUCUCUUCUAGUAGUCACACUGGAGAGUCUUCUUUUACCUGUACAGCUUACCGUACAGAAUUUAUAGAAGUCAAUGAAAUCAGUGCAUUGAUUAGGCAGAAGAGACAGGAACUGGAAUUGUCAUGGUUUCCUGAUACAUUACCUGGAGUUGGAAGAAUUAGUUUUAUACCCUGGAAUAUUGAAACAGAAGUCCUUCCUCUCAUCUCCUCUGUGUUGCCAAGAACUAUUUUUCCAACAAGUACCAUAUCUUUAGAAAAUUUUGGUACUUCUUGCAAAGGAUAUGCAUUAGCACAUACUCAAGAAGGAGAAGAGAAGAAGCAAACUUCUGGUGCCUCAAACACCAGAGGAUCAAGACGAAAACCAGCAGCAACAACUCCCACAAGGAGAUCUACACGUAACACGAGAGCUGAACCAGUCAGUCAGUCUCAGAGGUCCCCAGUAUCAAAUAAUUCUGGGUGUGAUGCCCCAGAUAGUAAUAAUCCAUCUGUAAGUGUUUCCUCUUCAGGUGAGUCAGAAAAGCAAACAAGGCAGGCUCCAAAACGGAAGUCUAUAAGAAGAGGAAGAAAACUACCUUUACUGAAAAAGAAACUUCGGAGCUCUGUACCUCCCCCUGAAAAGUCAUCUUCCAGUGAUUCAGUAGAUGAAGAAAUAGUAGAAUCUGACAUACCACCUGUGUUAGAGAAAGAACAUCAAUCAGAUGUAGAAAGUAGUAACACUGUGCAGAUAAAUGUAGAAAAUGAGUCUGCUAAUGGCUUGAGAAGUUGCACUGAGCCAGUAGAAGUAAGUGAGGAACAUAGUGAGACCCAUGAUACAGAGGAAAGAGUAGAAUCUUUAUAUUCUGAGUCUGGUACCCAAGGUCCUCCUGUGCUAGUUGGAGAGGAGGAGGAAAUUCAAAAAGUUGAGAAUACAGGUAUAGAGGCUAAUAUUUUAUGUCUGGAAAGUGAGAUUUCUAAGAAUACUUCUGAAAAAGGAGGUGACCCAUUUGAAAAUCAAGACCAAAUAGCUUUACCUUCAGAAUCAGAAGUAAAAGCAGAUGGAUGUACAGAUCAUCUUCCAAAUGAUUUUCUUAAAUAUUCAGGAUCUGAAAUUGAAGUACACCAACCUAUAUCAAGCCUAGGUGAGAUCCCUGAGAAUGCAGAGUCAGCAGUUAAUGAAGAAAAAGUUAUGGAGAGUCCUAUAAUAAAAAUUAUUGAUCAUAAAGAUUCUACAGUAAAAACAGAACAUCUUAUUGACAGCCCCAAAUUAGAAUCUUCUGAGGGUGGAAUUAUACAAACAAUGGACAAAAAAUCUAUUGAGAGCUCAGAGGUUCAUUUGCUUGGGCAUGUUAAAAAUGAAGAUUCAGAAAUAAUUGCAACAUGUGAUACUUCAGGAAAUGAAAAUUUCAAUAGUAUUCAAGACUCUGAAAACAAUUUAUUAAAAAAAAAUCUUAACACCAAAUUGGACAAAUCUUUCGAAGAAAAAAAGACUGAAUCUCUGGUUGAACAUCCCAGAUCUACAGAAUUGCCUAAAACACAUAUUGCACUGAUUCAGAAGCAUUUUAGUGAGGACAAUAAUGAAAUGAUACCUAUGGAAUGUGAUUCAUUUUGCAGUGACCAGAAUGAAUCUGAACUCGAACCAUCUGUAAAUGCUGAUGCUAAACAAUUGAAUGAAAAUUCUGUGGAGCACAGUUCCCAAAAGAAUAUGUCAUCUUCUGGUCCUUCAAAUGAAAAGGUUGAAACUGUAUCUCAACCAUCUGAAAUCCCAAUAGAUGCGAUAGAUAAAGCCAAAAAGCCUCGUACUCGAAGAUCUAGAUUUCAUUCUCCAUCUACAACUUGGUCUCCCAACAAAGACACUGCACGAGAAAAGAAGCGGUCUCAGUCUCCAUCUCCCAAAAGAGAAACUGGAAAAGAAAGCAGGAAGUCUCGAUCACCAUCUCCCAAGAAAGAAUCUGCAAGAGGACGGAGAAAAUCUCGUUCUCAGUCCCCAAAAAAGGACCCACGAGAAAGGAGGAAAUCUCAGUCUCGAUCUCCAAAAAGAGAUAGCACUAGGGAAGGCAAAAGAUCUGAAUCACUCUCCCCAAAAAGAGACACUUCUAGAGAAAACAGAAGAUCUCAGUCAAGACUGAAAGAUUCCUCCCCAAGAGAAAAAUCCAGGUCCCGGAGCAGAGAAAGAGAAAGUGAUAGAGAUGGGCCAAAGAGAGAUCGAGAUAGAGAAAGGAGAACCAGAAGGUGGUCUCGAUCCAGAUCUCGUUCUAGGUCACCAUCAAGAUCUAGAACAAAAAGUAAGAGUUCAUCAUUUGGUAGAAAUGACAGAGUCAGUUAUUCUCCUCGAUGGAAGGAAAGAUGGGCAAAUGAUGGUUGGAGAUGUCCACGAGGAAAUGAUCGAUACAGAAAGAAUGACUCAGAGAAACAGAAUGAAAAUACAAGAAAAGAAAAAACUGACAUCAGUCCAGAUGCUGAUGAUUCAAAUUCUGCUGACAAACAUAGAAAUGACUGUCCCAGUUGGGUAACAGAAAAAAUAAAUUCUGGGCCUGAUCCGAGGACCAGAAAUCCAGAAAAGUUAAAAGAUUCUCAUUGGGAAGAAAAUAGAAAUGAAAAUUCAGGAAAUUCUUGGAAUAAAAACUUUGGUUCAGGUUGGAUGUCGAACCGUGGUAGAGGUAACCGUGGCAGAGGCGCUUACAGAGGUGGUUUUGCCUACACAGAUCAAAAUGAAAACAGGUGGCAAAACCGAAAACCCCUCUCAGGGAAUUCAAAUAGUUCAGGGAAUGAGACUUUCAAGUUUGUGGAACAGCAGCCCUAUAAACGGAAAAGUGAGCAAGAGUUCUCAUUUGAUACACCGGCAGAUAGGUCAGGGUGGACAUCUGCAUCUAGUUGGGCUGUGAGAAAGACUCUGCCAGCAGAUGUACAAAACUAUUAUUCACGACGAGGGAGGAAUUCUUCAGGUCCACAGUCUGGAUGGAUGAGACAAGAGGAGGAAACAACUGAACAGGAUUCUAACCUAAAAGACCAAGCAAACCAACAAGGUGAUGGUUCUCAGCUACCUAUAAAUAUGAUGCAACCACAAAUGAAUGUAAUGCAGCAACAAAUGAAUGCACAACACCAGCCUAUGAAUAUCUUCCCAUAUCCAGUGGGUGUUCAUGCUCCUUUGAUGAAUCUCCAGCGCAAUCCGUUUAACAUUCAUCCUCAGCUGCCCUUGCAUCUGCACACAGGAGUACCUCUCAUGCAGGUAGCUGCUCCCACCAGUGUAUCUCAGGGACCACCACCACCACCACCCCCUCCCCCUCCAUCCCAGCAAGUCAGCUACAUUGCUUCACAGCCAGAUGGAAAGCAAUUGCAGGGUAUUCCUAGUGCUUCUCAUGUAAGUAAUAACAUGAGUACACCAGUCUUGCCUGCUCCGACAGCAGCCCCAGGAAAUACGGGAACAGUUCAGGGACCAAGUUCUGGUAAUACUUCGUCAUCAAGUCACAGCAGAGCUUCUAAUGCUGCUGUAAAAUUGGCAGAAAGCAAAGUAAGUGUUACAGUGGAAGCCAGCGCAGAUAGCUCGAAGACAGACAAGAAAUUGCAAAUUCAAGAAAAAGCAGCACAGGAGGUAAAAUUGGCCAUUAAACCAUUUUAUCAAAAUAAAGAUAUCACCAAGGAAGAAUAUAAAGAGAUUGUGCGGAAAGCGGUAGAUAAAGUUUGUCAUAGUAAGAGUGGAGAAGUAAAUUCUACUAAAGUGGCAAAUCUGGUUAAAGCCUAUGUAGACAAAUACAAAUAUUCACGGAAGGGAAGCCAAAAGAAAACUCUGGAAGAACCUGUGUCUACUGAUAAAAACAUAGGCUGAAGUGGGGAGCACUGUAAAGGACACUGUCAAGAUACCUGCAAAGUGCAAUUUCAACAUGUACCUUUAAUGGAAAAUCAUGCAUAACUGUGAUUGAAUUUGGUUUUGAUAAAAUUAUUUUUUUUAAUGUAGGAUAUAAUGUUUUGCUCUAAAUAAAUAUAGUUCUGCACCGCAACUUCUAUAUCUUUUCCUCCCUUCCACCCCGCCCCCAAAAUAAAAACAAAUUCAAGGGAAAGUAAAGGGGUUAAAGGAAUGUGCAUUUUUACUAGGACUGUUAUAUUGUGGAUACUGCAAGAUGUACAGCUUUUUGAUUUGAACAAUGGAGUGCAUAAAUGAGGAACUUCUAAGUGCACUGGUUUUGGAAGAGAUAUAUAUAAUACAUUUAUUCUGUCAGGCUAAAAAUAAAGUAUGAUCUUUAUGAUUUUUCUCUCUUAAUUAUACAAAAAUAAUGUAUUACCAUGAAAAAUAUUUCUAGUAACAGAACAUACCAAUUGCAGGGUUCCUACUGUGUAUUUUUAAAGCACACAUCUGAGUAAAUUGCUUAGAUAGAAAACAAAUUAUCACACGAGUAAAAUUCAGUGUUCAAAACUUUAGAACACUGUUUACCUAUUGUAUCACCAAAUAAAGGUUAUGCUGCUUGUUUUUCUUUUGUGCCUUUUUUUCCCCCAGUUGAGAUGAAACAGUUUCAUUUGCUAGAUUUACAACUUCGGCAGUCUAAGCUCUGUUGAAUUUAGAAGACCUGUUUGGAGAAAGUGUUGACUUUGUAAAAAUUAUGUUCUUCCAUAAUAUCUUCUACUUAUAGAGAUGGUAAAUUGUGCCAAUUGGAGAAUUGCUUUUAAGUAGUAACCCUUCCCUGUGGCUAUGGUAGAAUCAUGACACUUGCUUCAGUGGCUUUCAGGUUGUUGCUCAUCUGACUAAUCACUAAUGAAAUUCUUUUCACAUUUGAGAAAUCUUCAAAUGCUUUACAGUGAAUAAAGUGUUAAUUUGGUGACCAUAUGGUGGCCAUUAACCAUGUUGCGAAAUUCUAGACAUUAAAACCGGUGUUUUGGAAAAAGGAGAGGAAUUAAAUAAUGGAGUCUUGGUUAGGCUUUCAGGGACUAGAG